AUGACGUCAAAACGGAAACGGGUACUGUUGUCAAUUGCCGAAAAAUACCGUAUUAUUCGGAUGAUGAGAAAAGGUGAGACUCACAAAGCCAUAGCAGAAAAGUACAAUAUUGCACUUACCACUGUGGGCAAAAUAAAAGGUAAGGAAUUAGACAAAUUUCUUUGCCACUGGUAUUUACGAAAUAAAGAUAAAAACAUACGAGUGACAGGACCAGUGAUAUCCAAAAAAGCUCUGGAAUUUAAGGAAAAAUUACAGGGAGAAUCUACUUUCACAGCCAGUGCCCGUUGGGUGUCAAAAUUUAAAUCACGUUACCAUCUCCGUGAAAAGGAUGUCGAUGAACAUUUUCGAAUGACAAAUCAAGCUGAAGCGGAUAUCACCAAAAAUGACUUUGAAGAACUUCUGUUAAACGAGGGAUACUCAUUGGAGAACGUUUACAAUGCCGAUAAUACAGGAGUAAUGUGGAGAGCAGUACCAGAAGAAACUUCGAUCUUCCAUUGUGAGAAAACGACAACAAGCAAAAAAAGUUUCAAAGAAAAAGUUACUACAUUUCUUUGUGUAAAUGCCACCGGAAGUCACAGGUUGUCAAUACUAAUAAUAGCCGGAAUUGAGAAAUCUCGACGUAGCAAAAAUUUUAAUAUAGAUGAUCUGUCAACUAUGUAUAGAGCUAACACCAGGGGUUGGAUGGACAAUAACGCUAGCUUGGAUCACGGAAGCGGGUUAGUAAGUACAAAAGAUGAAUUUGUUAAAAUCAUGUAUUUUUCAUUUGAUGCUACAUCGCUCAUACAACCAAUGGAUCAUGGAAUAAUCGCAUGUUUCAAGCGAAUGUACCGAAAAGAAUUACUGAAAGCAAUAAUACCAUUACCUUACUACCAUACAGAGGACGAACUCAUAAUAAAUCAUGACAAAUUAGAAUUCAGGGAUUGUUGUCGCAUAAUGCGUGAUGCUUGGUUAAAUGUCAACAAUGCAAUACUGAAAAACGCAUGGAACAAGCUUUUGAAGCAUGAAAGCGAAGAGAGUGCGGAAGACUUACAAAUAAUAGAAAGGGACAUAGAUGAAACAUUGCAAUUACUGCAUGGAUUACCAGGAUGCGAAGGGUGUGACAGAGUAAUGGGUGUGACUCUGUAA